AUGACUAAUAAGCACAGUUUAUUAUAACACGUUUGUUUUAAAUCUUAUUUCUCCACCCUAUUUUUUAUUUUUACUAAGCUGACAGCGCUAUCUCUGUUUGUGUAUGUGUAAUCAUAAAACUCAUCAACCAAAUUCAAAGUUAAUGUUUUUAUUUGGUACAAAUAUAUACAACAAGGAUGGAAAUGGAAGUAAAAGAUAUAAUAGAAAAAUCUUUGAGAAAGGCAAAGGAUCAUGACAGUCUUGGCCAUGUUGGAAAGGCUUAUGCUUAUUAUACUGUUGUAGCAGAAUUAUGUUCUCCAAAAAGAGCAGAAAUAGAGGAAGCAUUUACAGAUGUGUUAUGUGAAUGGUGUAUGCAAUUGGAGGUCAAUAAUAGGUUUUCUGAUCUUCUGUUAUGUUAUAAACAUUCUUUAGAUAUUUAUCCAAAUAAUCCACGUAUGCUAAAUAAUUUUGCAGCGCAUCUUCUAAGGAAUAACGAUCCUAUGAGAGCAAUACCUUAUUUGAAAAAAGCCUUGAGAGUUGAUCCUACUUUUCUACCUGCAGAACGAAAUUUGCAAAAUGCACAUAGUAUGGCUGUAGCUAGAUGGCACUUUCCAAUGUUGAACGAUAAGCAAAGAAAUAAUGCAUUUGCACAAGCAAUACAUAAAAGAAUUUCUGAAGGCUAUGACACCGUUUUAGAUGUAGGAACUGGCACAGGUCUUCUAAGCUUAUAUGCAAAAGAUGCAGGAGCCAAAAACAUUUAUGCAUGUGAAUAUUCAACAGUAAUGGUUAACAUAGCAAAAAAUGUGUUUGAGCGCAAUGAUGCAAAAGAUAUAAAAUUGAUACCUAAGCUUUCUUCAAAUCUUAGAAUACCAGACGAUAUUCCAGAAAGGUUGAAAUUAAUAGUAACUGAAACAUUUGAUGCUGGUUUGUUUGGAGAAUUAAUAAUACCAUCUAUGAUUAAUGCACACAAAAAUAUUUUAAGUAAAGAUGGAAUGGUUAUACCUAUGAGAGCCACUCUUUACAUGGCUGCUGUUGAAUGUGAAUAUAUACGAUACAGGUCAUCAGUUUUAUUUAACAAAAUAAAAGAAGAAUGCUCUCUUAGUUUUGAUAAUGUGCUUAUAAUACCAGACGAUGAAUAUUAUGAUACAGAAAAUCUUGAAAAUGUUAAAAUAAAUCAUAUAACAGAACCACAAGUAUUAUUACAUGUUAAUUUUAAUAACAUGUAUGAAUUACAAGAAUUUGCAAAAGAUGGCAUAAAGGCUAUACGAUGUGUCAAAUGCAGAUAUGAUGGUAUUAUAGAUGGAUUGGUAACUUGGUUCAAACUACAUCUUGAUGAAGAAAUUGUAAUAGAUACAUCAGAAGCAAAUUCUUGUUGGCAACUGGCUGUAUUUCCAACAAUUCCAGCAGUCUGUAAAGAAGGUGAUAACUUAACGAUUAAGACUGAAGUACAUAAUGGAAAAUUAAAGUGUUCUUACACAUUAAGCACAUUCAAAUCUGAUAUUGAUUCUAAAUGUACAUAUCGUUUACCAAGAGAAAUAAUAAUGUUCCUUAAUGAUCUUGAAUAUAUUAAAUCUCUUAUUCAAAUUAGCAAAUCUCAUGAAACUAGAAAAUUAAAUUGUAUUUUGGAUACCUCACCAUUUCCUAUCUACGGUUUGAUGCAAUUAAAAAAAAAUAAACAUAGUGAAAUUUUAUAUUAUGAAAGUAGUAAUUUAAUACUUUGUCAUCUUGUUGAACAAAUUAUUAAAGAAAAUGAAAUUCAAGGAACAGCCUAUGCUGUAUCUGAUUAUCGUCAAAUUCAACAUCCUGUAGAUAUUAUACUUUUUCAUAAUUUUGAUAUGAAGGGAGAACUAAAAGAUUGGGGCCAAGAUAGUUGUCAUGAACUUUUCAGCUAUUUGUUAAAGCCAGAAGGCAUUAUACUACCAGAGAAAGUAUUUUUGAUGGGACAACUUAUAUUCUCAGAAGAUUUACCUAAAAUAGUAUCUGUAAAAGAUGCAAAUAUUCAGUGGGAAAAAAAUACAUCGAAUAAAUCAAAUUUUCAUAAGCAUAAUAAUGAAUAUAUUAAUAUUAUGACAAAUAUUAAAGAUGCAUAUUCAAGUUAUAAGAUUGCAGAAUAUAUUAAUGAAUAUAAGAUAGAUCAAAUAUUUGACUUAAAUUUAAGUCUGUAUUCUUAUAUACCUUUAUCUGAAGUAUAUACAUUAAUAGAAAUAAAAGAAAAUGAAAAGACACAAUCUGUUGUAAAUUUAAAAAAAAUAGGCAAUAAUAAUAAGCAAUUACAUCCAAAUGCUCUUAUUUGUUGGUAUAAAAUUGAACUUACAUCAGAUCAUGUACAUUAUACAAAAAGAAAUGAUUCUUUUAUGAAUCACAUGGCCUUAGUGUUAGAAGAUGAAUUGCAAAACAUUAUUCGAGCAGAUAAUGAAGUAAAUAUUAAAAUACAACAAGUCAAAGGUCUAGUAAGUAUCAAGUUGAUUACUGAAUGAAUCAAGAAGUACUGAAUUAUAUAUAUGUGCAUUUUUAGUUUUAUAAAUAUGACUUUAUUUUAUAACAAUUAUAUAACAAAAUAAUGAAAAUAUAAUAUUAUGAAAUUAGUAACAUAAUUAAUAUAUGUUUU